CCCCCGCCGGGCGGGGAACCUGCACGGCGGCGCUUGGCAGCAUCAUCCGCGGCUGCGGGGCUGACACACGCCUCCAUCCUCCUCUCUCCCGGCAGCCGCUCACACGCGCCUCGCCGCGGGCGGAGCGGAGCGAGGGGCGCCGCGGCAGACAAAGCAAAGAUGGCAGGGAUCCUCGCCUGGUUCUGGAACGAGCGGUUCUGGCUGCCGCACAACGUCACCUGGGCGGACCUGCAGAGCACGGAGGAAGCCGCCUUCCCACAGGCGGAGGACCUCUACCUCGCCUUCCCCCUGGCCUUCUGCAUCUUCAUGAUCCGGCUGCUCUUCGAAAGGUUCAUUGCUAAACCAUGUGCCUUAGGCCUUAAAGUCCAAGCCAAUGGACCACAGAAAGCUCAACCUAAUGCUAUCCUGGAAAAGGUUUUCACAGCUAUUACAAAGCAUCCAGAUGAGAAGAGGCUGGAAGGCCUCUCCAAGCAGCUGGACUGGGAUGUACGCAGCAUUCAACGUUGGUUUCGACAAAGACGCAACCAGGAAAAACCCAGCACCCUUAGGAAGUUCUGUGAGAGCAUGUGGAGAUUUACAUUUUACCUUUAUAUAUUUACCUAUGGAGUACGGUUCCUGAAAAAGACACCCUGGCUCUGGAAUACCAGGCAGUGCUGGAGUGGGUAUCCGUAUCAGCCACUGAUGCCUGACCUCCAUUACUACUACAUAGUUGAAUUGUCAUUUUACUGGUCCUUAAUGUUUUCUCAAUUCAUUGACGUCAAAAGAAAGGAUUUUGGAAUCAUGUUUACACAUCACAUUGUAACAGUCACCCUGAUUACCUUCUCAUACGUAACGAAUUUGACACGAGUGGGAACCUUGAUCUUAUGUCUCCAUGACUCGGCUGAUAUUGUCCUAGAGGCUGCCAAAAUGGCAAACUAUUGCAAGUGUCAAAAACUGAGUGACCUUCUGUUCCUUACAUUUGCCGUUGUCUUCAUUGUCAGUAGGCUUGGCAUAUAUCCCUUAUGGAUAUUAAAUACAACAUUGUUUGAACUGUAUGAAGCUCUGGGCAAUUUUCCUGCCUUAUGGGUCUUCAAUGUGCUGCUUAUGGUUCUUCAAAUUCUGCACUGUUUUUGGUCUUACCUAAUCAUAAAGGCAGCGUACAGAGCUAUUUCAAAGGGCAAGACUGGGAAGUGGAACCCCUUGCACGUAGCAAAGGAUGCCCGAAGUGAUGUUGAGUCAAGCUCAGAUGAGGAAGAAACAGUACCUCGCUCAAAGGCCCCGCACAGCACUGUCACCACGAAUGGGACCAGCGGUGCCAAUGGGACAAAUGGGUAUCUCACUGCUGCCACUUCCUCAGAGGAGCAUUAAUCCUGCAGUUCAAUCGUGAGACACGAACAGAAUGAACUGUUUGCUACUGGAAGUAACUUAUAAGUUGUGAAUGCGGUUUAUUCAUGUAUUUCAGCAUCAGAAAAAAUUAGGAGUAUCAAAGUAUUCAGAUAGCGCACUGCCAUAUUUCCUGUUUGUGAAUGAAGACAGCACACCAUUCUGUAUACGUAGGCAUGCUGUAUGUGUAUGUAACUGACACAAUGGGAGCAGUAUUUUUCACUUCUACUGUCUGAAAUAUUAUUUAUUUUUUAUUCUUUUGGGAACUUCUGGACAAAAGGGAAUAUCCGUUCUCAAACUUCAUUUCUUGGAUUCUCAGUAAUGGAGAGCAUCAUGCUCAGAUCUCUUCUGUCCAUCCCUGUUGCUUUUGCUGAAUCUGCUAUAAGUAAUAGUUGCUUGAUUUGUUACUCACAGUAAGAUAGAACAUAGCUUUAUAGAUUUUAGAUCUGCUUCCGAUAUUUUUGCUAUCUUUGUGUUUUAAAGUACUGGUUUUGAAAUUGCUUAUCAAAUCACAGUUACUGUUCCUCCAAAAUAAUUUGGGAAAAAAUGUGGUAAUUGUGGGAUAUUAUUUUAGCAUAAUUUAAAAUUCAAUUUGGUGGUUAAUUGCAUUAGAAGUAGACUUAUUUGUUGUGCAAAUACCCAAAAGCAUUGUUGUCAGCACUUAGGAUAAAUUCAUUCUUACCUUUUUUUUUGGUCUUUCAAUUUUUAACCUCUACAGAUUUUAGUUUUUUGCAGAGAUUCCAUGUAAAAAGGCGUUUCUUCAAAUGCACCAUUCUGAAUCCAGACUUAACUCCUGAAAUUGUUCUUGCAUGUUCACCUGAUUGAGAGCAGAGGUAUAAUGGAAAAAACAGCAGAUGAAAAGUUCAUUUUUUCCUUGGAUACAGGUCAGUCUAGGUUAUUGUUCUCAAAAUUAUUGCCACUUCCUUGGCAGAGUGAAAAGAGAGAAGGUAGGUUAUACAUUACUAGAAUUAGUUUAUUUUAAAUGUGUGAAAACUUGAGCAAAAUUCACUUUGCAUAAUUUGCAGCAACCUUUGAAGGCUCAGCAGUAUUUCAACACCUCUACAAAUAAAAUUAGGGGCAUCUGGGCACCUGUAAAAUAAUUUUGCAUUCCUUUUUCAUCCAAAAUUUACAAAUAUUGUCCCAAAGAAGACAAAGUAACACCCUAAGUAAACAUCUUUUUAAGCAUUAUAUGCGUGCUUCUUCCAGUCUCUAGAUCAAAGUUUGAUGUAGGAUGCUAAGGAUCAUACAGCUCUUGCAGGACACUCUUCUGUGAUUUGUAACAGCAGUGCCAAAAGUAGGCAGGAUUCUUGGGUAACAGACUCUAUGCAACCUACUGUUCAACAGUAUUGUGUGUGUGCACACAGAACCAAUGUGCUUAUAGACCAAAGACUUACAUAUAGAUACAUAUACAUAUGUAUGUAUGUGUGUGUGUAUGUAUAUGUACACAUAGAUGCAUACAUAUAUAUAUAUGUAUAAAUUACAAAAAUAAAGGAAGGAAAAAAAACAAGAAAAAAUCUUAAGUGUGUCUUCUAUCUACAAAGAGAUUGGAGUGCUGUGUUCAGCUGGAAACCUGAGCCAUGAGGUCAUUUCUGAUUCCUUCCACCUAUGCAAAUAGUAAAAUAUAGAUGAUUUUUGAUGCCAUAAAAGAUGUUUAAAGACUAUUUUAUACAGACUUCAUUGAAGAAAGUUGUGUUGUCACUUCUUUCUUCUGAAAACAGAUUUGUCCUAUUCUACUGGUCACUCUUGAAAACUUCUAAAACUUCUAUUAUAUAUAGAAACUCCUGUGUGUUAGGAAAAAGGAGGUCUGUGUGUUAAGAAUAAGGAAGUGUGCUAAAAGCAAGGUUAGAAUGGCAUCAGUGGAAAUAGUACCUCAACUUAGUAAAGAAUAAAGGCAAGAAAA